AGCGCAAGCAAAGCAUUUAUAGUUGACCCGACAUUCCUUGAGCCGAGAAACCACAGAGAGGUGUCCCCGGAGUUGCAACUUUUAAAUGAGGCUAUCGAAGAGGCGAGGUUGAACUCGAUCGCGUUGGAAGAGAAGAGGAACGAGAUCAACGAGAAGCUCGCGAAGAAGGACAGAAAGAAGAAGAAGAAGAAGAAGGAGAAGAAGCAGAAGGGAAGCAAGGACAGUGGUGCGAGCGACAGCAACAGUACCGACCCCAGCAAUUGUACACACAUGGCGGAGAGCGAGAGCGCAGUGAGCGAAAUGCAAGCUUCGAACGGCGAGAACUCGGAGGUGUUGCCAUCGGAGAGAGUGAUGCAAAUGGAGGAGGAGGAAAAGAAGGAAUUGGAGGAGAGGAAAUGUCAUCGGGAUCCUCCCAUUGUGUUCAAGGAUCUGGUGAACGUCAAAGAGGAAUACCAAGCGUUGGUGAAAUUGUUGGAUGGCAAGUUGAACGAAGAGGAACGUGUGUGCAUAGACGAGCUUCGGCAAUAUAUCUUAGAGAAUGAAGGCUCUUGGGCGCUCGGAGAUAACUUCUUGAAUUUCGUAGGGCGAAUACUCUAUGAUAAAUCAUUGGCAAGCGACGCAAAAGUUAAGUUGUUGAACAUUCUGUCCGUUGCCGCGUUAAAGGACGAUGUGAUACUGUUGCUGCACCAGGACAGAAGGGAGCACAUAAUUAUGAAUUAUGCUUUCGACAUCGAUCGCCACCCUCAGGAGGAACAACUGCCACUCGCGCAAUUUUUGGCGAACAUGUUCGAGAAUCUCAGUAGUUCGGAGUGGUUGUUAUACAUAUCGGAAUGGCAGCAUCAAACUCAGAAUAUCAGCAACAUAAGGGUGACGACAAAAGUUGCAGUGCACUCGUUGCUUUCCAACUCGAUCGACUUGCAAAUUCGUGGUGCUGCCAUUAUACACAAUCUUGCCUGCAAGGAGGUAAAAACUGUGGUCUGUAUCCUUCCUAUCCGAUUAACAAUCUCCCGAUUUCGCUUGCCUCUGUUUCAACUUCACAAAUCAUACACAACUGGGUGUGUCACACGUUUGAUUUUUACAAAUGAA